AUGCAGGGAGGUCGUCACGCCGAGCUUCGUGUGCUCCGCAUAGCACGAAGGCAGGAGGUCGGGCCAUCGUCUCCCCAGCCUGGAUAUGUACCAUCCGGCAAUCCUCCUCGUGAGGAUCGGAGGAACAGGAUUCCUCCAAGGUCAAAGAGUGGCUGCUGGAAAUGUCGAACUCGGAAGGUAAAAUGUGACGAAGAAAGGCCAACUUGUGGACAAUGCGGACGUUUUGGUCAUGAUUGUGACUAUAACGCGAAAGUCUUCUUCAAAGACGUCACGUCGAAAAUACUCAAAGGCACACAGCAAGUCACUAUGAUUGGUAGCCAUGUUUGGGAUCCAAAGGCACAAGACCAAAAGCCAAAGGUCCAAGUACUCAAGGAUAUAUUGCCUCCAUUUCCAACUCUAACCACCGAUGAGGAGCGAGAGGAGAAGGCAAAGUCGCGAGAUCCUGGAACCUUCGUAGUUGUUGCAAACGUGUCGAGUUUUGCGAAAUUCCCUGAGUAUCAGGGCGAGUUCCUAGGAAAUUUACAUCAGGGUACUACCAACUCGGAAUAUGAAGGUGUGAAUAUUGAUCCGACUUCACUUGAUGGCAGUAUAACUGACGAGGUGAAUGAUCCUAAUGUAGUGAUCCUCAAGACCUUUGAAGACCCGUUUCCGAGAGCCCCCGCAACCUUGCCAUACCGACCGAGGCCAGCUAUAGUACCGCGUCUAAUUUCACCCACGUUUAGCUGCAGACAAAUAUCGGAAGCCAGUUUUGAUUCCAAAACAAUAUCUCUUCUUGAUGCUGCUCAACGAGGUGGAAAAGACGCCGAGCUGCUACGCUAUUACCGAACGACAAUUUCACCACAGAUUAUCAAGAUCGGCAAGUCUCAAGUAGGCGAGGAUAUAUUUGAGGUCCAGGCUCGAGAAUACCCACCACUUUUCCACGCAAUGAUGGCACUCUCCGCCCUGAGUAUAGCGCAGAAGGAAGGUUCCAGUAACACCACUGCUUUUGAGCAUUACCAACAGGUCAUUCCAGCUUUACAGACUGCGGUUCAAAGCAUCGAAGAUUCCUACUCCGACGGUGCCCUAUUGACACAUUUACUCUUGCUUUUCUACGAGAUCGUUGCACAGGAGACAGCUAUGUGGCAAUGUCACUGUGACCAACUUUUAAGGAUAGUCUCCAUGCGACGACAAGCAUGUGGUGCUGAUCACUUCGACUUCGUUAUCUGGAUGAUCUUCUGUAUCGAUGUCUAUGCUCUUUUGAGUGCGAGUGGGACGGGAAUGUUUGCUGAGGUCGUUUCCAAACAAAAUAUGUUGCCAUUACCAGAACGAUGCUUACUACCCGAGACGGCCGAGCAGCUUCUAGUAGAAUUCCCCGAAGAACAGGCACAUUUCUCAAGAAUCAUCCCUAUCACUCAAGAGAUUUUCUCAAUCGCACUUCAAGUUGGUCGCCUAGCCAAAGCUCUGAGAACGGAGGUCAGCCAAGAAAGGUUUGAGGGUUCCGACGACACACAUAAGAUGGAACGAUCUACACGUAUUCGAAAUCUUCGACAGCAGAUAUUCGAUCGGAAAAUGAAUUGGAGGUUUCUAUUCCAGACUCCGAACAACCUUCCACCUAGAGUCUUGGAAUGGGUAGAACAUUCAUAUCUGCUAUCCCGCGUUUGUAUACUAUACACAUAUACCAGCAUGUAUUCAGGGCAGUUGCACGACCCAGAACUCGACACCGACGCCCAGAUCAAGGCAUGCUGCGCCGAAAUUCUUCACGCUAUCAGCAUAAUGCUAUCCACACAACGAUGUGACCUGCAGUACGCCGUAUUCCCACUGUUUCUGGCAGGCUUCUGUACACAAAAUUCAACAGAGAAGAAUACGGCUUUGAGAUUGAUGGCUGAAGUCGAGAAACGUGAGUAUGGAGGAAUUACUAGUAAUGUACAAAGGCUCUUGCAGACUAUCUAUGAAAAGCAGAGUGUUGCCGUUGCACAGACGGGACAUGCCAAUUCAGUGGAUUGGGUAGAUGAGAUGGAACGGAACGGGCCACGGCUCAUUUUUAAUGGCUUAUGA